UCCAUUUGUGUGUUUUUCAAAUAAAGAUGGGUGACUAUGGUUUCGUUUCGUUUCCUUUCCAAAAGUUUGUGUCGAUCUUAAAAUUAAAACAAAUAAUGGGAAAGUGGGGGAGAACCUAAUUCUCUCCGUUUGAUAAACCUAAUUCUCUCCGUUUUCUUGUAGAAACUUGACCUAUACUAGGCCCUUAGUCUGAUUGCGUCUCUGAAAAAAAAUGCAAUUUUCUUGUGAUCCUGAUCAAGAAGGAGAUGAGCUGCCACAAUAUGAACACAUCUAUCAAAAUGACUUCUCAUAUCGAAAGCACAAGAAACAGAAGGAAGAAGAUAUUUCUAUCUGCGAAUGCAAGUUUGAUUUUGGAGACCCUGACAGUGCUUGUGGUGAGAGAUGCCUCAAUGUCAUUACCAACACCGAAUGUACUCCUGGAUACUGCCCCUGUGGUGUCUAUUGCAAGAAUCAGAAGUUCCAAAAAUGUGAAUACGCCAAAACAAAGUUGAUCAAGUGUGAAGGUCGUGGUUGGGGACUAGUGGCUCUCGAAGACAUAAAGGCGGGGCAGUUUAUAAUUGAGUACUGUGGCGAAGUAAUAUCAUGGAAAGAAGCAAAGCGUAGGGCUCAAACUUAUGAAACUCAUGGUGUCAAGGAUGCAUACAUUAUAUCUCUCAAUGCGUCUGAGGCUAUUGAUGCCACUAAGAAGGGAAGCCUUGCUAGAUUUAUAAAUCAUUCAUGUAGACCAAAUUGUGAGACAAGGAAGUGGAAUGUACUGGGAGAAGUUAGGGUUGGGAUCUUUGCAAAAGAGAGCAUCUCUCCCCGGACCGAAUUGGCUUACGACUAUAAUUUUGAAUGGUACGGUGGUGCGAAAGUCCGUUGUCUCUGUGGUGCAGUCGCAUGCUCUGGAUUUCUUGGAGCCAAGUCUCGGGGCUUUCAGGAGGAUACAUAUGUAUGGGAGGAUGGUGACGAUCGGUAUUCGGUUGAUAAAAUUCCAGUCUAUGAUUCUGCAGAGGACGAGCUUACAUCUGAGCCCUCUAAGAAUGACGAGUCCAACAGAAAUGAAGAGAAAGAGAAAGAUAUCUCAACAGAGAACCAUUUGGAGUCUACUGCUCUGAUUGUUCAGCAAUCAGAUUCAACACCUAUGGAGGAAGAUGUUGUCACGGAGACUGUUAAAACCGAAACAGCUGAAGACAUGAAGCUGCUCUCACAAAAUUCACAAGAAGAUUCAUCGCCGAAGACUGCAAUUGUAUCAAGGGUUCGCGGUAACAUUUACAAAAUUAAGUCUGAAUCUCUUCCAAAGAAAAGAGGCAGGCCGUUUUCAGGCGGGAAAACAAAGAAUGUCGCCCAGAAGCAUGUUGACAUAGCGAAUGUGGUUCAGCUACUAGCAACCAAAGAAGCUCAAGAUGAAGUUCUCAAAUACGAGGUAAAACAGUUUUUCAAGCUUAUAGGUACAAAUUCAACAUCCUCUCAGUAUCCGAUGUGUUUGGUAAAUUGUUGCUUGCAGGAGGUGAAGAAGGAGGCAGCAGUACGACUCUCGUCAUUGUACGAUGAGAUAAGGCCAGCGAUUGAGGAGCAUGAGAGAGAUAGCCAGGACAGUGUAGCAACAAGUGUGGCGGAGAAAUGGAUACAAGCAAGCUGUAAUAAACUAAAGGCAGAGUUUGAUCUUUACUCUAGUGUAAUAAAGAACAUCGCUUCCACUCCCAUCAAACCACAAGACACAAAGACCAAAGCCGCGGAAGCAGGAAACGAAGACCAUAUUAAACUCUUGGAAGCCAAAUGAGAAUUAGCUUGACACCCGCUAAAUUGCUAGGAAGGUUCAAAUUAAUGAUUUAUAAUUGUAUGAUUAUCAAAACGUGUUCAAUAUUUUUGUUUUUUCCUUAAAUUGUGAACAUAAUUUCCGAAUAUAAUUGUCACUUUAUAUAUCAUUGAUCCAUCA